GUCGGGGUCUGCAACACAGCUCCAUCGGCGUGGGGACACGUAGCUGGUGGGAUUGCGCCAUGGCCUGGACCCCUCUCCUCCUCAUGGUGCUCGCCCAUGUCUCAGGUUCCCUGGUCCAGGCAGCGGUGACUCAGCCGCCCUCGAUGUCAACCACCGUGGGAGGAACCGUCAAGAUCACCUGCACCGGGGGUAGCAGCAGCAGCAGCAGCAAUGUUGGUUGGUACCAGCAGAAGGAACCUGGCACUGCCCCUGUCACUGUGAUCUAUGAGAGCAGCAAGAGACCCUCGGGCAUCCCUUCACGAUUCUCCGGAUCCAAUUCCGGCUCCACGGGCACGUUAACCAUCACUGGGGUCCAAGCGGAGGACGAGGCCGUCUAUUACUGUGGUAACUGGGACAGCAGCAGUGAUGCUGGUGCUUUCGGGGCCGGGACCAUGUUGACCGUCCUAGGCCAGAGCAAGGUGCCCCCCACGGUCCACCUCUUCCCGCCGUCCAGCGAGGAGCUCUCGACGCAGAACAAAGCCACCCUGGUGUGCCUGAUGGGAGACUUCUACCCCGGCGUCGUGCAGGUGACCUGGACGGCCAACGGCCAAACCCUCAGCAGCAACGUGGAGACCAGCCGGCCCCAGCGGCAGACCAACAACAAGUACAUGGCCAGCAGCUACCUGACGCUGAGCGCCUCCGAAUGGAAGAGCGACAAGACCUACGCCUGCAAGGUCACGCACGAGGCCGGCAACGCGGAGAAGACUGUGAAGAGCUCCCAGUGCUCUUAACCCUGCCGGGACACCCCCGCGCCCACCGGCCCCUCGCCGGCCCCCUCCCUCUUACCCGCUGCUGGUGGCAGCGGCUCCCCCUCCUCUGCAGAUGCCUCUCCCUACAGCCCCCCGUCCCCUGCUCCUGUCCCCCCGCCCUGAGUGUCACACGAAUAAACGCCGACACUGAACUAG